CAAUCGUGAGACCCCCAUACGUGGCAUGAAGUACGAAUCCUCUUCCACGUCCGCCAUUUUGACAUAUACUAUUAGUGUGCGGCCUGGUAAAUGUGCUAGCAUUUCGUAAGAAAGAGUGUGUCACGGAAGCUGUGAGCGUGUUUGUACUAAUUAAGUAAACAUGGGAAAUGUUUUCGCAAAUCUCUUCAAAGGCCUAUUUGGCAAGAAGGAAAUGAGGAUAUUGAUGGUGGGAUUAGAUGCUGCCGGAAAAACCACCAUUUUAUAUAAACUGAAAUUAGGAGAAAUAGUAACAACUAUUCCAACCAUAGGAUUCAACGUAGAAACUGUGGAAUAUAAGAAUAUCAGUUUUACUGUAUGGGAUGUUGGUGGUCAAGACAAAAUAAGGCCUUUAUGGCGGCACUAUUUCCAGAACACACAGGGAUUAAUUUUCGUGGUAGAUAGCAAUGACAGAGAACGUAUUGGAGAAGCUCGAGAAGAACUGAUGAGAAUGCUAGCAGAAGAUGAGUUGAGGGAUGCAGUUCUGCUGAUAUUUGCCAAUAAACAGGAUCUGCCAAAUGCAAUGAAUGCAGCAGAAAUUACGGACAAACUUGGCCUGCAUUCACUGCGCAACCGAAAUUGGUACAUACAAGCCACUUGUGCCACAAGUGGAGAUGGCCUCUACGAGGGUCUCGACUGGCUGUCCAACCAACUGAAGAAUGCCAACCGCUAGGUGCCAUAUGAACUGUGCUUGGCGGAUGAUUGUGGUGAACUCAGAUGCUGCUAUCCUUUACUGGCAAACUUUCAGUCAAUCACUUGCUCUUCUCAUUUACUGUUUCCAUCAAAAUUCCAACAAGUCAGGGUCAAAGUUUAACACCCUGUAUUUUUUCCAAUAGUGUUCCAAAGCAGUCAUUUUGCUUACGUUGGGAGGUUGGUAAGUGAUUCCUGCAAGUUUGCAUGCAAGGGUUUGCCUCCAGGUUUCGUAUCCUGCAGAAGUGUGUAAGUGCGUGGACUCACGGACUCACUGGUAACUGUGACCAUAGACACUGUGCAGCGUGUUGUGUUUUUGUUUUUGCGGACUUGUAAAGCGGCAGUCUGUUGCCAGGGUGGGGACCAGUGAAGGGAAAGGCUGUGUCCCCAUUCUUUGCGCUCCUCCUGUGUUUCGAAUCACAUUUUAAAAAGAGAUAAGAGGUGAUAGUGAAACUGUUAUCCCUUUUUACAUGGGAGAAGUGCACAGCAUAAUAGGUUUGUCGAUUCAAACUUUUGUGUUUAUUCUGAUAUGUGAGUUACAGAUGUAUAUUAAUGGAAAAAAUUAGAAAGUUCAGAACUGCCAAUUCAUAAAGUUACUUAAUCCUCUCCCCAGGCAGGUUGUUGGUGGUAGUGAUGCAAGUUCUUUACAGCUUAUGAAAAAAAUGGAAAACUGGAUAUUGGGUGGGUGCUGCUGUCAUGCUAUGUGCCUACUGUUUGUGCUGAGUUUUAUUACUUUCUUAUCAUUCAUUUAUUUCAAUACCAACACAGUGCAUGUAAAGUCUGUAGUAUUAGCCUGAAACUAACAACAAGUGUUGGUAGUUCAGGGUGCGGCUGAUAUUUGCAGUUGUUAACAGAGCAUUUUUUGCAGGAGGGAGAUGGGUGUAAGUACUGAAGAACAAUAAUGGACAAGAAAAAUGAAUGUUUGUGAUGUGAGAGUAAAGGUGUUGGAAGUUUUAAGACAUUUCUGAUCUUUCAAAGCAUGUUCUGUAAUUUAGUAUUUAAGUUUAUUAAGAAGAAUAUGACAAAUGUAGGGUAUUAAGGAAAUUUUUUCACAUUCCGCUUUGUUUUGUAUUAAAAAUUUGCAGCACUUGUCCAAUCCUUGUUAUACUAUUAUCCCUUAAUUUAAAAGCCAUAGUCCUUACGAUUGGAAGAUAUUCAGCAGCACAGCCAUACAUCGAUAAAAUGGGAGACUGCAUUCUCUGUCACCCCAAGGUGACAUGCAGAAAUUAAAUUGUGUUGUUUUUUCAGAAAGAGAUGCAGUCUCUUGAGAGACCUGGUUAUGGAAGGGUAUACAGACAAAAUUGCUAGAUAUCUAUUUUUUGCAGUUAAUGCCUUUAAAAUUUGAACUUUCCUUGGAAAUACAUGAAACAAAGGGAAUCUAAAAUUAUGUAUGUAUGCCUGCAUACUUGUGAACAAAUAUUGUAUUUGUGCUUAAUUGCCUUCUUGUAUUAAAUUCAUCCCUCUUAAUUUA